CCGCACAGUACGUCAGGGGACAAUCGACAACCGCUCCUGGAGAUCUAUCCCACGAGUACGCCUCGUCCCAACUGGCCAUUGCCUUGAGCAAUCUGCAACUUUUCUUGGAGCUGCUGGAGACAGCCCCCGUUUUCACUCGCUGUCACGCGCCAGUCGGUCCUCCGACAAAAAGGCUUUUGCACGAAUGGCGCUCAACCGCAAGUAUGCCGCCUUGCCAGAUCUUGACUCGGCCCCGGAUAUCUACGAAACUCCCGAACUGACAGACGACAACUCCACAGCUCCGACCACCACUGGACCGCCUCGUUCUGAGGACGACUUCGAUGAUGACGACGAGGAUGACGACGACAACGAAUAUAGUGAGGGCAUCUCUCAUACGAGACUUCGCAUCGACCAAGCCCGGUCGAGAUUCCUACCCUCACAGGUAGAUGCUCGCGGUGUCGACUUUUCCGACCGUGUUGCGAGCAAGCGUAAAUCAUACCGAACAUCCAGCAGGCGGCAGCGAGUUCUGCAAGAUGACACCGACUACAGCGACGACGAAGAGGACGAGAGCCUGGAGAGGAAAGUCGCCCGUCUCAAGCGCGAGCUGGAGGAAGCCAGGGAGGAGUAUGCCAGGCAGCAUGCCAAUGACGAUGAAGACGAUGACGAGCAUUCAGAGGAUCUGGGCGAGGAGCUACGAUCUCUCAGCCAGACUCUCGAGGAAAUGUCCAUGUCGGCUAGUACAAAUGUUCUUCGCAAUGGGAGCCGGACGGGGAAGAAGCACUCCGAGCCUGUGCAGCCCACGGCUGACGAGACCACUACAGCGUCCAGCGAUGGACGCGCCACGUACUCGGUCACAUACAUGCCAAACUACGAACAAAGCCAUGCGCUUGCGAAAGCGGCUGAUUUCGACCGCCGGCUGGUCAUGCUGGAGAAGGCCAUUGGUGUUUCCUCCUCAGACCCUGGCGCCCCUGGUUUACCAAGAGCCAUUAUGCCCACCAUCGACAUUUUGUCCAAGCAGAUCACCACACUCUCCGAAGCUUCAACCACCUCUCUAGACAGUAUGAGUCGACGUGUACGAGCUCUUGCGCAGGAUGCGGAACAGCUCGAGAAGUCGCGGCGAGCUGCGAGGGCUGCACAGGAGGCGAAUGGGAAUCCCGGGUCUGCGCAGGAAGACACCGACGACACGGAACAAACCGCCAAGAUCAACGCACUUUAUGGAACGUUGCCGACCAUUGAGAAUCUCGCCCCGAUCCUCCCAGCUCUUUUGGAUCGACUGCGGUCUCUGAGGUCGAUCCAUGCGGAUGCCGCGAUGGCCCACGAGACUCUCGAACGCAUUGAGAAGGCUCAGAACGAGACGGCCCUUGAGAUUGCGCAGUGGAAAGAAGGUCUUGAGAGGGUGGAGGAAGCGAUCGAGGAAGGGGAAACCGCCAUGGCGGGUAAUAUGAACACAGUGGAAUGCUGGGUCAAGGACCUGGAGGGCAAGUUGGCAGAUCUUGAGUAAGCACUGGACUGUGGUUCUGAUUAAUGUAUGAUACCCCAGAUUCAGUCAAAGUGCUGCAUCAGUCUGUGAGACCAAUGUACCGCUGCUGCGAACCCUUCGACCGGAAUCCUCUUGCGCAGCAAAACUGCAGGCGCAGGAGGUUCCAGGUUGUCGUCUGAGUUCACCUGUGACAGCAGGCAGAGCAUCCCGAGACCCAUGUUGAUGACCGGGACGGAGUGGGGCCAUCAUCUCAGCCUGUACCACCCUCGACCCUCAACCUGGAACUUGGUCCUGGGAGAGAUGACUCAGCAAGACGCUUGGACCAGCAC